GUUCCCAGAAUUCCACUGAAACCUAAGCGUAAUCUCGCCCUUAUCGCAACACUUUUUUAAUCAGCUAACUUGGUGUGCUUUCUUCGUGGCAUCACGACCUCAAGUUUUAUGGCCUCGAACACCGCCUCAGCGAGAGAAAUAAGCGAAAGUUCAGGUAUUAAGUUCCUUUCAAUUUCAGCCUACGUUACAGCAUGUGACUAGCUUAGAUAAUCAUUCAGGACCCUGCUCAGGCCUCUUGAAAACAUACUGAGAUACUGUUGCAUGCAGAUGUCUUAAUUAGACGAAAAUAGCUUAUUUCUCUGGAUAAUUGUUUUUUUAUCGUAUAAUACGCUCAAACCAAGGUUGAAUUACGUUCACAAUCACUUAAAAUCAAUUAUUUUCGACCAACUGGUAAAUCCAACUGGUAAAUCCAACUGGAAUCGAACGCGAUCGAUCGAAUCUCGACCAUUUCAGUUAUAGUAUUCGGUUAUAGGAAAGCAAACCUUUUUCAGAGUUAGGUGGUUGAUAUGAUGAUGACUUCCGCGCAGGUGCUUGUUGGAAACACAAGUCAGGUUAUCACCGAAUGAAGUUCUUUUCAAUAGUUCCCUCAUUCGGACGACCACACAAUACAAUCAGUUAUAACUCUAUGGUUUAAACAAAUUCGAAUAUUAUGGGGUGUAAGUAUGAAAUUACGCCGUCUCAGCUGAUUUCCAUGGUCUUCGUUAACUCGAGAGGUUCGUGACAAGUGUGAAAUGGCAGGUAAAUUGCCUUCUCGCAAUUGUACGUAAAUGUACAUUUGUUGUUACAAAUAUUUUGCAGAUCGAUAGAAAGUCUAAUGAGUAUUCCGCUUCUGUGCUCUCGAAUACUUUCUGUUACCAACAGAUAUGUAAUUUGAUCUCUCAAAAUUAUUAUCUUCGUAUAAUAUGUGAUCAAAGAGUUAAAACAUAAGAGUUAAAAAUCUCUUAUAGGAACGAGAACGAGAGCCCAGACUGCUACCGUCAUUUUGGAUUUCCGCCUGGGUAGAUUUUGGUCACGUGCUAGGCAACGUAUAGUCGAGAACAAGAUAGAAUUUCAUUUCUGCCCGAGCCUGCAUAAAACACUAUCAUUAAUCGGUAAUGUGACAUUGAGGUGGAAUGUAGGGUAAGAUUUCCGUAAGGCCGCAUCCUUCAUUAUGUAUAAAGCUAUUUAAUGAAAGAAAACAAUUUUUACCUUCGGGGCUAAUGCUAUAUUUUAGAAUAGUUUGGGGCUAUACGGAAAUCUUUCCGAAUGUCGUGCUGUCUGUUUGUGUCACUCCUCCUGACCUUUAAUUUUUAAAAGCACACGUCACAUAGAUUUGUACAAGUCUUAUGACGCUUUUGCGAGCUGGACCGACUCGAUCAUUUGUCAAUAUCUUUUUACCCGCUAGACCUUAGAGCCUUGCUCGGUAGGUGCUUUUCUGGUGGAAAGCCUGCGAUAAAGCUGCCUUUUCCUUUUGCGUCAAUGAUUUAAAUCAGCUGUUACCUCUCCUAACCAAGUGAUAUGUGACAUAUCAGUCAUAUGAUAUGUUUGUGUCACUUUUGUAAACUCUAAGUCGGCCUAAAUGAAAUCUUUGCAUCCGGGUUCCGCUGUUAAGUCGUUUCCUAUCGACUGAAUUGAUUUUAUAAAGUGCAUAAAACGGAAUUCAAUAUGGAGACAGGAACUUCCGUAAGAAGUGAUAGGGCAUUACGAGAUCGGUUCUAGAAGAUAUGUUGCGUGGAUAGUUCCUCUAACACGACAUUCCCUUUCUUGGCAAAAAUUUCUAGAUCUGUCAUGGAGAUAAUGUUUCGAUUCCACAGUUUUAUGUUGCAUGAAAUUUAGCAGGUUCGAUUUCGUACAACAAGCUGUGGAAGGAAAAUGACCCCUGUAUCCAAUUUCACAUCUUCUGUACCUGCGGUGUGUAAUGGGUGACCUAUCGAGAGGCUUGUUGGCGCGUAAAAAGUAGACCGCAAAAUUUAAAUUCUCCCACAAACAAACUGCAUUUGCUAUUCCGAGUCAAGUGCUUUAUGUAUAAUCAGCAUUUAACUCAGUCUUAUCUGACGUGACAGUUCAAGAGGCACAAGAAAAAGAGAAAGUCAAGCAUUGUUUCGCUGAGCCAUGGGAGGACAGUGAUGUGAUCCUUGUUGUGGAAAAUGAGCAGUUUCAUGUCCAUCGUCUGAUAUUAAGCAUGAGCUCACCAGUGUUCAAGGCCAUGUUCAAAUCUCAGUUUAAGGAGGCAGCUGCUGAUGAGAUUCCGCUACCUGGAAAGAAACCCAAUGAGGUGUUGGACUUCCUGAUAAAAAUGUAUGGACCCCACCACUCCAAAACAGAACUGCAAAUCACAAGUAAGGUGCUAACGGACUCUCCUUAGACUUCUUAGGCACCUGAUUCACCAAACAACCUUGCAUCUUAUAGACCAAGCUUUAAUAUAACCUCGCUUAGACUAUUGUGGCACUGUUUGAGGAACCUGUGCGGUAAUUUAAAAGACAAGCUUCAAAAAUUGCAGAAUAAAGCAGCUCGCGUUAUGAUGAUUCUCAAGCUAUGACGUUGAUGCUGAUCAAUUGUUAGAAAUUUUGGGGUAGAAAAAUCUCGACCGCCAGCGGACCAAACAAAAAGCCACCAUGGCAUUAAAAUGCCUACAUGGGUUAGCUCCGAACUCUUUAUCAUCGAAAUUCCCUGAACGCAAUACAAUCUACAUCCUGAGAAUAAUGCUCUAAAGCUGUGACUAAGCAAAGCCAAGGUGUUAGCUUUAUCAGUUAUUUCUAAAUGGUUUGAGAAUUUCCAGACGCACUCAGUCUUUCUCUUACUCUGUGGUCGAAUAGCUUGAAUUGCAUAUAUUUUACCCAUUAUUUACUCAUCAAUCGCCAGUUAUUGUGUAGUGUGCAGCUCGUUGAAUGUAACCUCCUGUAUAAUGCUUAGGAUAGGUACCUAACGGUAUGUAAUAACAAUUGUUUUCAGUGCGGUUGUGGUCUCUGUUCCGGCAGUUCAUAGACAGUAGUCCACCAUACAUACCUUUUAAUUGAGUGUUAUAUCUUUAACCAUGCUUUUUGAUCCUAGUGGAGAAUGUGGAACAUCUUCUGCUCUUAAGUGAUGAGUACCAAGUAACAGAACAGAUUUUCAAACCCUGUGUUAAGUUCCUUGAUGAGGAGCCAAAAACAAAGGAAAAUGUCAUGAAGAUUCUAGCGCUCGCCGAGUUGUACAAUUUAGAGAAAGUACGCCAAGACUGCGAUGAUCUGCUUAAGGGUUUGAGCCUCAAAACUCUUUCUGAUACCGUUCAGUUUCAAAAUAUUGACAAGGAUAAACUGCAGUAUUUCUUAACGCAAAGAAUUGAAUUGUUAGAAGGAUUACUAAAAGAGGUCUAUCCACAAUUCAUUGGCUUGGCGGAAUGUUGUAUGUGGUUGUGGGAUGAAGAAAAAAAAGACAUGCCAGAUUUGUGCCCCACUCAUUAUAGUAAUGGAAAACCAACUACUAAUCUUGUUGAUCGUUUCAAGGAAUGUGAUGAAUGCCGAUUUGUGCUAGACAAAAUUGCAAGAUAUACUGCCCCACAAAGACGGAGGGGCAGGUAUUUGGAAUUUUCUGGUACUUACGCUACUUAUUAUGCUAGUAGGCAUCGCUUUGACGACGAUGUGUCAGAUAUUAUUAACAAGUUCUCUCAGAUAAUGACUCAAUUAAAAUGAAAAAUUGAGAAAGUCUUAAAGUGGUUGUUGAGAAUCCCGGCAGAAGCAAUGAAAAAAUAGAAAUAUAUAGAGCUGAAAUAAUAUCUCAUCGGACUUAGCAUUUCCACCAUACAUCAUUAAGGGUUUUAGUGCAUGCUUUAAAAUGAACUGAAUUUGUCAUAGGUCUGUUAUAGCUUACGUAGGUCUCAUAUCUUACAUGUCGAUUUUUGAAGAAACUAAUGGAUCCUAAGAGUUUGAAUUUUACAUAUUUUACACAUUAUUUACUCAUCGAACGCCGAUUAUCGAUAACUGAAUAAAAGCGGUUAUUGUUAAUGUGCAGCUUCUUGAUCCUUGGAGCCUGUAUUUUACAUGACUCUUGGCGUGCAUUGUUAAAGAUCGAUCUUUAAAGAUCAGUUUCGAACAUUUGUAGUUCUAAAAGGUUAAUUUGUAGACUGUGAAAUGCAUGGACUUGUAGGUUAAAUCGGUUUGAGAUGAAUGAUUUUGGAAAAUAAAAUAUUUUAGAACAUG